AUUCCUAGCUUCUUCCUUUCAUUUCUCUGCUUCAGUAUAUAUUCUCUUCGUAUUGAAACUUCAAUUUGAACUCAGUUUUUGCUUCUCUUUGAACUUCUACUUCCAUAGUUCGGCACUUGGUUUCUUGUGCCAGAAAACAGGUUUUUAGGGCUUUCUUUAUACACCCACCGUUGCUUUGCUUGCAAAUCUUUAUUUUCUUUCUCAUAUUUUCCCCCCUUUUUUUUUUCUUGCUUUUCAUUCUUUACCUCUAGAGGUGGUGUACAAGUACGUAGUGGUGAAGAGGGCAUGUGGAGAAGAUAAAUUAAAAUGCUGGUUUGAUAAAUGAGGGUCAAAAUGCAGGCCCAAUCUGUUUAUUCUCAUUCGUUUACUGGAGCCCUGAGUAAGAUAAAUACUUAUUAGUGCAGUUUGCAUUUAUGGCACUGAGUAGGAUUGGUGACCGAUCAACCAGUGAUGUUGUCGUAAGGCUACGAACGCAGGAAGGCCGAGAUGAUUGGUUUUAUUGUCAUUCUCAUAUCCUGGUAGAGAAGAGCAAGUAUUUUGCUGACCGUCUUUCUGAGAACUGGCCAACUUGCCAGAUCAUUGACUCACGGAAUUGUGUUGAAGUCCACUGUGAAGAAGCAGAUUUUGAUCACUUUGUCAAUUUUGUUCGCCUUCUAUAUGUUGCUAUAGAUGGCUCAUCAGAUGACAUAUGGCAUGGUGUGAAGAAUGCCCUUGGUAUUCUGCAGGUGGCUGUUGAACUUGGGUGCCCACAAAUUGUUACCGCUUGUGUGAAUUACUUAGAAGCAGUCCCUUGGGAAGAAGCAGAGGAGGAGGAGAUUCUAAGGGUCAUACCAGGCAUGGGAUCACAAGCAGAGCCAAUUCUUGCCCGUCUUCGACCCGUUAAUUCAUCAACUAUAAGGAGAAUUUUUCUGUCAGCUGUUCAGUUUGCCACAUCAUCACCUCCUUCACCCAUGAAUAAUCUUAAAACUUCUGCACAAGAGCAGCUGGAGUACAUGCUUACUGAAGAUGAUGAUGCCCCUCUAUUAAGUGCUGAUGAUGAGAUAAAAUCUAUUGUAAAAGAAUGUGUGAAGGGACUAUUUUGCAGAUUUAACAACCUACUGGACACUUUCUUAUUUAAACCUGUAGAAUCAGUUUCUGAGUCAGGGAAAAUGCAAUCAUUUCAUUGUCAUCUAUCGGAUAUGUCAUGGGCCUGUCAAAUUUUAAGCAAGUUGGAAAUCAUAUUUGAAUUUGUCAACAGUUGGGUAGAUGCAUCCGAUAAGGUACUUCAAGUUGUCAAACAUGCUAGUUCAGCAGGUGAAAUAAUUGAGACAAAGUUGAAGGUUAUUGAGGUGACAUCAAAGGUUUUAGAAGCAAUAGGGUAUGGCACUGUUAUAUUGCCUACUGCAAAGCGGCUUCAUGUGGUGAAGGCUUGGCUUCCAUUUGUGAGGGUUUCAAAACCUUUAAUUGAUUCUGUGACAACUAAUGAUGAGGAAGCUAUGGAGCUUAAGAUGGAUGGUGAGAUGUGGCAGUCCUUGGAAUCUGCAUUUGUUUCAAUAGUUCUUGCAUUGCCUUCAGGAGACCAGGCAGAGAUUUUGACUGAAUGGUUGGGGAAUGAGCAUAUUCACUAUCCAGACUUUACUGAAGCAUUUGAGGUUUGGUGUUACAGGUCCAAGAUUGCCAAGAGAAGACUAGCAUAUAUAAAGGAAAACCAUGGGCAGACCUUUAUGGGGUUCCACUUCUAUUCAUCUAAUCUCAUAGGAUACAUGCAUCAGAAAAUUAUAUUUGCAAACAAGGUGACUUGUCUGUGUAACCUUGGUCUGAAUGGGACGUGAUAUUGAUGGUUCAAGAAGCUCGCUCUUCAGAGUUCUGAAAAUUGACCAAUGGAUUUCCCUUAAGUCUGGGGCAGCUUAUGGCUGAUGCUAACAUAUUGAUUUGAAAGAAUCUCAUGAUAUUUUUUCGUUUUUCCUCUCCAUGAUCUAAGAGAUGGUGCUCAUAAAAUGCUAGAUUACCAGUGCAUUAGCUUUUUUGUAUUGCUCUAGUAACUUUGCAUGGAAAAACACAGGUGGGAUUUGGAAUUCAAUAGGAAGAUUUUAAGUUUGAA